UGGAUCUGUACAGCGUCUGAUAGUUCGUCCUAAUACAUCAUAUAAGUGAGUUGUUGAGGUUGACCAAAGUUUUAAUUAGGACCGAAUGGAAUCGGAACCGCUGAUAUCGGACAAAAGUAGGGAGUCGGUGGAUUAUGGAUCUCGACAUGAUAGUCAAUCAGAACCGGAUUCACCGAGGACCAGAUCACUCUCUAAUGUAGCUGAGGACUCAGUGCGUGUUGAGCAAAGUGAUGAAGACUUGUAUAUCCAGCAAGCAGUUGUAUUCAUUGAGGAUGCCAUCCAGUAUCGGUCCAUUAACCACAAGGUGGAUUCCCAGUCUUUGCGCCUUUACCGAUGGUACUACUCCAGGAUAUGUCAGUGGGGUCUUGGCUUUGCCAUCGGUGUAGUGCUGGCUUUGGCCUUCAUAGAGAAACCUUCCUCUAUCACCUACACAUCAGACCUUCGCUUCAGGCCUAAACCCUGGGAGGCACCAUGUGGCAUGACCGAGGCUAUAGAGUUGGUGUGCCUCUGCAUAUUCAUCACAGAUGUUGUUGUCAAGGGUUAUCUGAUUGGAUGGGAGGAGUUCCAGAUGAAUAAAUGGCUGAUUUGCUAUGUGGUGGUAAUAGCAGCGUCAGUGAUCGACUGCAUGAUAUCUGUUGCGAUGCUCUGUAAUGAGACCAUUCGAGUCAGAAGAUUGAUUCGGCCGUUUUUCCUUUUGCAAAACUCUUCUUUGAUGAAGAAGACUCUGAAAUGUAUAAAGAGAACUCUUCCAGAGAUUGCAAGUGUGAUCCUGCUGCUGGCGCUCCACCUGUGCUUAUUUACCAUGAUUGGUAUGCUGAUCUUCCCCAAAUCUGAGGACAAAGAUAAGAAUGGAGAAUGGGAGGCCUACUUCACAAACCUGCCUACAGCCUUGUCCUCUCUGCUAGUGUUGCUGACAACUGCAAACAAUCCAGACGUGAUGGUACCAGCGUACUCUGUGAAUCGAGCUUAUUCGAUAUUUUUCAUACUUUUCAGCGUAUGUGGAACUUACAUCUUGAUGAAUUUACUUACUGCUAUUAUUUACAACCAGUUUCGGGGCUAUCUGCUGAUGUCAGUGCAGGCCUCCAUACUAAGGAGACGUUUGGGUAUCUGGGCUGCAUUUGAGGUGCUGUGCUGCCAGGGUUUAGAUCACAGCAAUUUUUCUGAUGAUCAUGUAGAAAGGGUACGUGUGGACAUGGUGCUGCAGGUCAUGAGAAAAGUGCAGAUGAAAUCAUACUAUAAAGAAAAUGUCAUCAAGGCUGCUCAGCGGUUCUCAGAUGGCUUUAUUACUGGCGAGGAAUUUCAGAAGCUGUUUGACGAACUUGAUAAGGAGUAUAUUAAAGAGCACCCACCAAUGCCUGGAUAUAGCUCCCUCUUUCUACAGCGGGUCCAGAAGAUGGGCAGUCAUUACUACCUCACUGUGGUUGGAAAUGUGGUAGCUCUGGCCAACGUGAUAUGCAUUUGUACCAUAUUGGUGAUGGACUCAGACAAGACUGCAUCUGAGAGGGAUGGCUGCUACAUGGAGGUGAUCAAUUGGCUUUUCAUUCUCUACUACCUAAUAGAGAUGGUUCUGAAGGUUGCUGCCUUUGGUUGGAGAGGUUACGUCUCUUACAAAAACAACAUCUUUGAUGGCUUCUUCACAGUCCUUCUGCUGGUUCUGCAGAUUUUAAUUUUAAUCACAUACUGGAUUCCAUGUCAGAAAACGACGCCGACUCAGCGGGGACCCAUGCCUUUAUGGGAGAUGGUGCGACUGGUGAACAUGCUGAUUGUUUUUCGCUUCCUUAGGAUCAUUCCAGAAAUCAAGUUGAUGGCAUUAGUGGCUAGCACUCUUGUGGACCUUGUGAAAAAUCUGCGGGCUUUUGCUGGGGUUUUGGUGGUAGUGUACUAUGUGUAUGCUGUUAUUGGGAUCUGGCUGUUCCGUGGUGUUAUAUAUCCUCCAACCCAAAGUUCAAGUUCUGACAACAGUACAUCUAAUGUCACCAUGGAGUGUGGAUCUUUUGAACAACUAAACUACUGGCCCAACAACUUUGAUGACUUUGCUUCAUCUCUUGUGCUGCUCUAUAAUGUAAUGGUGGUGAAUAACUGGCAGGUCUUCAUGGAUGCUUUCACUAGAUACACCUCAGAGUGGUCGAAAGUUUACUUUGUGUCCUGGUGGCUCACCUCUUCUGUCAUGUGGGUCAACCUGUUUGUGGCACUUAUUCUGGAGAACUUUACCUACAAAUGGGAUAAAAGUUAUGCUCUGAGUGUGUCCGACGUGGAAAGAACACGCCAAGAGGCCACUGUACAGCACAUGUUCCGUGCGCACAUCCAAGAGCCAUCGAUGGAGGACGUACUGAACCAACUACAGCAUCAUCGUCAUCUCCACCUGCUCUCCAGCUCUCGGUCUCAUUUACAAUGACUAUGCUUGGACUGUUGCGGUUAAGGACUACUACCGUCAGGCAUGUUUCACAGUCUAAAGACACUGCCAUUUGCUGCUGGGUUUUAAGGUGUCUUGUUUUUUUUUUUUGCUGCACAUUUGCCAGCACUUUUUAAAAAGCAAUGUCAAAGUCAUAUUUUCAUUUUUUACUACUAUUUAUUUGUCUAGUUUUUAUUACAGAGCCAUUUAAGCCAUCUUAUUAGUCUAGUGCCAGAUCAGGUUUCAGGUUUGUUUUUAACAGAAUCCUUUAACUUAAUAUUGUUUGCCAAAUGACUAAAAGUCUUUAGCCAUGCUUGGUCGAGAAGCUCAAGCUAAACACAGGCUUUUCAGAGCCUUCAUGUUUUUAUAAGGGAAUUACACUGUAAGAUAUCCUGUUAUUUAUCACUUUACUCUCUCCACACUCUUUCGGUUCUACCUCUCACUUAGUCAAGCCAAAUACUGCUGGCAUCAAACUGCCAGAUCACAGACAGACAGCACGUCACGAUGCCCGACCGCUGUUACUGAAACUAUUCAGUCUUCCAUGCUGAGUUCUUGUUCGGAUUUUAAUACCACUCAGCCACUGGUGAUUUAGUUGGGAUGCCUGUUUAUUAUUAUAUUUUCACAAUUAUGGUUUAUUAGAUACACCGACAUUGAGUGAGAAUGUAUAUAAUAGUAUAGAAUUAUGAACUUGCUAUCUGUCUUGCUAUGCAAACACAGAAACACUGUGGGAAGGUUUUUUUGGGGUGGUGGACUGUUUUCAGCUGUAGCACUGACAUGGUAGUGAUACGGCAUUAUGUGUUACGCUGAUGCAAGUCUAUCCAGCAAAGCAGAUUUACUGUUUGUUGUUGUUGCUGUUUUUUUUUUAUUAUUAGACACUUUAGUUAGGAAUUAUAGAGCUUACAAACCAAACAUUAAAGCAAGCAUGUACUAAGCGUUAAAUAAAUUAACAUUUACAUUUUAUUAUGGCUUCACUUUUUUUUUUUUUUUCAAGGAAAUAGCUUUAAAUCAUAAGCAUGGUUAUAUUACUGAAGGAAAAGUAAAGUUUUCCAGAACACAUUAAUUUAAAUUGGCUGUUUUUGAUUAUAGAGACGUAUAGAGGUGUAAAGUUUGCUGUAACUUCUCUUAGGUUCCAGAAACUCCUGUCAAGUUACAAAACGAGCUGUUUGAUACCAUGUCCAAAAUGAGCUGAAAGCAAGCUAUAAAAUCUGUUUUUUUGUGGCUUUUGCAUGAUUUUUGGUCAUGAAUACUGUCUACUACCAUGUUUGGGGAAAAUGUAUGCCAUAUUAUAAACACAAACAUGCACACACAAACACCUGAUGUCAAUUAUAACAUUUGCAGGUGUGUGUUACUAAAGCAAUAAGCCACGAGAGACCGUAAAAUAUAAUAAAAUACAACGAUGUUCAAUUUAUAAAUGUUUUUAUUUACAAAAACACUUACAAAAAGCAUUCUUCCACGAAAUCAGGUAGUCCGUUAACAGUGUUGCUAUGCAACAUGAGGGCGAACAUAACAUUCACUUUUUCUUUUCAGUGGCGUAUUAAUAUGGAAUGAUGUGAGGUGGUCAU